AUUUAGCAACAACUUUUAUUGUCGAUUCAUUUCAACUCACUUGUCAGACCCACACGUGCAAAAAUUAGUGUGUGAGAAAUUGACGAUUCAAACGUUCACUAAAAUUGUAGUAAAUGAUGUCUGCACCGACAAACGAAAUAAAGAAAGUGGUUGUCCAUCCACUAGUGCUUCUCAGUGUUGUUGAUCACUUCAACAGGAUACGAAAUCAAAGGAGAGUCGUCGGCGUUUUGCUGGGAUCGUGGAGACAGGGAGUGCUUGACAUUGCAAAUUGUUUCGCAGUUCCAUUUGAUGAAGAUGACAAAGAUGCUUCUGUUUGGUUCUUGGAUCACGAUUAUCUUGAGAACAUGUACACAAUGUUCAAGAAAGUCAAUGCAAGGGAAAAGAUAGUGGGAUGGUACCAUACAGGACCAAAACUUCAUCAGAAUGACAUUGCAAUCAAUGAACUCAUCAGGAAAUACUGCCCAAAUUCUGUAUUAUGUAUCAUUGAUGCAAAACCCAAAGAACUGGGAUUGCCAACAGAAGCGUACUAUGCAGUAGAAGAAGUACAUGAUGAUGGGACACCAACGAGUAAAACGUUUGAACACAUCCCAAGUGAGAUGGGUGCGGAGGAAGCAGAAGAAGUAGGAGUAGAACAUCUACUUAGGGAUAUCAAAGACACAAGCGUAGGAACAUUAUCUCAGAGGAUUACAGCUCAGCUGUUAGGUUUGAAAGGUUUACAAUCACAGAUUCAACACAUCAGUGGUUAUUUACAGAAGGUUGCAGCAGGAGAAUUACCCAUCAACCAUACCAUCAUUUAUCAAUUACAGGAUGUAUUCAACCUACUACCCGAUGUGAACCUGAGCGACUUUGUCAAAUCCCUGACCACCAAGACCAACGACCAGAUGCUCGUGGUCUACCUCGCCUCCCUCAUCCGCUCCAUCCUCGCCCUUCACAACCUCAUCAACAACAAGAUUCAAAACAGAGACCUUGAGAAGCAAGAAGGCAAGAAGAAGGAAGAGAAGAAGGAUGAAAAGAAGGAUGACAAAGAGAAAAAGGAUGAUAAGGAGAAGAAGGAUGAUAAGGACGACAAGAGCAAAGAUAAGAAGGAUUCCAAGUCGAAGGAUAAAAAGUAGACUUUGAGGUGAUGGAUAUCACAUGGACUUGAAUAGCAGGCUCUUUGAUGGAGCAUCAGCAAGAAAUGUUCAGAUGAAGAUUUUCUUAUCAUGGACAGCUUGGAUAUGUGAUCAAGAUUUGAUGGAUGCCUGGAAACAUGAUACGAUUAGAAUUUAUUUAAUUUCCCUUGUAAAGCCAAACUUAUUUCAUUGAAUUUAAAACAAAAUUGUAAAAUCAAAUAAUGCUCCUGCAUGGAAGAUGGAACGCUAGUUUUAAUUUUGUUUUUAUCAAGGAAUAUCCCCCUUAUCAGUUAGUAAAUUUAAUGAGUAUACAAUAUAAUGGGGGGGGGGGUGUCGAACAAAAAAUUAAUCUAAUUUUUGUAUUGUCCAAGUCAAAGAUAUUUAUAUGUGCUUAUGCAUGUUGUUGGAUUGAAGCUUGAAUUUAUACUCAAAUAACUAGAAAAAAUUACUAUUUAUUUUCAAUUUGUAGGUUGUUGAUUUCUACAUUCCAUUGCAUCAAAAUAGAAAACAUAAACUUACAGGCCCGAAUUCACAAAGGUGGUUUUGAAAACCCAUGGUU